AUUACAGACACAGAAAAACAACUUGAUGUCCUGAUCAACAAUGCAGGUCUUGGCACAGACAUGAGGAAGACAACAAAACAAGGAUAUGAUAUAAUUUUUGGCGUCAACUUCACAGGGCCAUUCCUUCUGACUUACUUGCUUUUGGAUUUGCUCAAGAAAUCUGCUCCAAGCCGCAUAAUUAAUGUGAGCUCUGUAGUGCAUACUUCGAUAAAAGAAUCACAAAUUUCUUUUCAACCAAAUGAUCCAUCGUCCUCAACUGGUGUUAAAUAUCCCUACUUGAAAAAAUAUCAUAUUAGUAAACUAGCUCAGAUCUGGCAAACAAAUGUACUGGCUGAGAAACUAUCUGCAGACAAUGUAACGGCCAAUAGCAUGAAUCCUGGUUAUGUUCAUUCUGGUAUAUGGUAUGUUGACGCCAACCCAAUGAAACGAAUAGUUUUGCGAUUUUUUGGUUGGUUAUCCUCAAAAAUUGGUCGUACGUCCAAGAAUGCAGCGUUAACUGUUGUAUACAUGGCUGUU